AUGGCCCGUUCAGCAGAGCUUACACCUGCUAUACGUGAGCGUAUAUGUGAGCUCCACGCUAUCAAAUGGGGAUAUAAACGUAUUCAGAAGCGUUACCCCUAUAUUCCACUAUCAACAAUUCGAUAUACAAUCAAAAAAGAGCAUGAACGACGAGAUGGUGUCUCUAAGGCACGCUCUGGUCGCCCAAAAAAGCUCUCGGAUACUGAGAAAGAUCGAAUUCUUGAGGCUAUUCAUGGUAAUCCAAAGAUCACACGUGAAGAUCUUCUCGCUGAGGUUGAUCAUAAGGUUAAAAUACGUUCAAUUCAACGCCUUUUGAACCCCGAGAAUCUUCGAAAGUGGCGCUGUAGCUGGCGGCUAUAUUUGACGGAGAAAAAUGCUAUAAAACAACUUCGAUGGGCCUAUCGAUAUCGACACUUUACACCUAAAGAUUAG